AUGGGCCAGCAGAAGCUUGGUGACAACAUGUCGGACAAGUCGUUCUCGCCAAGGCUCGUCAGCGCUGUCGACGAGGCUGGCAGUGUCCUUUGCGUCUACGACAAAGACAAGGCAUCUGCCACCGGCACGUGGCAAGCAGUCAUUCCAAAGCAGACCGCCAAGAGUGUCGCCAGGGCAGUGCUGGACGUCUUCCUCCCGGCCGGCUACCCGCACACUGUAACCCCAGACUACACGCCAUACCAGGUCUACGACUCCCUACAAGCGUUUUCUAGCACAAUCGCCGGGCUGUUGUCGUCCCGUGCAGCACUGCAAGGCUUGGGGGUUGGCGACGAGGGCUCCUCCGCGACGGCGGCUGUGCUUCUCACCGUCCUUCAGGAGUCGAUUGGCCGCAUCUCAACCAUCGUGUUUGCCCAUCGCCUAGGCCAGGCUAUCGAGCCCGAGUGCAAGUACUUCCGCUUCCUGGCGGACAUACUGAACGACGCCGCCCUGAUCAUCAAAGUCUUCUCGCCGGCACUGCCGCACUAUGCCAAGGUCUUCUCUCUCUGCGCCACGGGCACGCUGCACGCCCUGUGCGGCGUAGCGGCCGGCGCGUCCAAGGCGAGCCUGUCCGCGCACUUUGCCAAGAAUGGCAACCUUGCCGAGCUCAAUGCGAAGGACGGCAGCCAGGAGACAGUCAUCAGCUUGCUGGGUAUGCUGGCGGGCAGCCUGUUUAUCCGGGUCGUGACGACGCCAACGGCCGUCUGGACGUCGAUGUUGUUGCUGGUCGGUUUGCACCUCUGGACGAACUACCAGGCAGUUCGCAGCGUGCAGAUGCGUUCCCUCAACCGGCAGCGCGCGACAAUCGUCACCAAGGAGUUCUUCCGCAGCGGUAUUGUCCCGUCACCAGCCAAAGUAGCCAGGCGUGAGCACAUUCUCAGCUGGAAGCUGGCGGGCCCUCCCAUCGAAUAUGCUCGGACGUUCCCACAGUCGGGCGAGGUUAGUGUCGAAGACCUCAAGCGGCACGGUGCAGACCGGUACGUCCUUGCGCGGCAGCAGAGUGGACUGAAGAUCUUCUUGAAGGAGAAUGCCUCUCCCCUGGAUGCCCUGAAGGGCUGGGUCGCAGCCCUCGUUGGACCAGCUGACAUGGCGAUACUCGACAAGGAAGGAUUCUGGGAGAAGCUGACGCUGGCGGGCUGGGAUACGCGCAUUGCUGCUCUGGAGACAGGACCAGCCAUCAGAAUCAGAAUAGAGUAG